UCAUAUACAGUGAAACCUCUACUAAAGGACACCUCCGUUGAGCGGACACCUCUAUUGAACGGACGCAUUUUCAUAGUCCGGAAUUCGGUAAAUGCAAAUCCUUCAUAUGGUACCCUCUCUUGGGCGGACGCUCCCUUGGGCGGACACGGACACCUAUUUUUCGUAUACUAGGUUUCGAAACUCUCCCUUGAACGGACAACCGAAACAUAUGCAACGUAAAUAUUUCAUGAGAGGCUUCACUGCGUACUGUGCAAACUGUGUUCACAUGGUAUCUGUGAUUCACAAAGGGGGAAUCCCCGGUUGCAGAUGAUAAUCAGCAUCGGCUUUCAUGGUCUAGUUCCGUAUAGUUUGAUCUUCCCGAUAGCGUGUCCGAUAUAUUCCGUUGAGAAAGCAGAAAUGUCUACAAAACGUCGAGUAUUGACUCUCGAAGAGAAAAUUAAUGUAGUGAAUAUAUACAAUGAGCAAAAACUUAGUGUGAGAGAAUUGUCUAAACGUUGCAAUAUUGGAAAAACAGCGGCUGCUGAAAUUGUCAAAAAGAGGAGUGAAUUAUUGGAUCAGUGGCGUUCUAAUGACAGUAAGAGUAAAAGGCGAAAUUUUUUAAAACCAACGGGCUCAACUAUUGACAAGUGUUGCUUUGAAUGGUUCAUCAAGGCGAGAAAUAAAGGAAUUCCGUUGUCAGGGCCCAUCAUUCAAUCGAAAGCAAAAGAGAUUGCGAACAAUUUAGCCUAUAAAGACUUCAGUGCAUCCUCUGGUUGGCUGGAAAAAUUCCGUAGAAGGCAUAAUAUCGCUUUUAAAGCCAUAUCAGGGGAAGCUUCAAGUGUAAAUCCAAUAGACGUAGAAAUGUUCUUGAGUAAAUUGCCCAUGUUACUGAAAGAUUAUUCACCGCGAAACAUUUUUAAUGCUGACGAGACAGGGAUAUUUUUCCGCGCCUUGCCAAAUACGACCCUAACCUUAAAACAUGAAAAAUGCACCGGUGGAAAAUUAUCUAAAGAAAGGCUCACGAUACUUCACUGCGUAAAUUUGGCUGGAGAAAAGGAAAAACUCUUGGUGAUUGGGAAGACUAAAAAGCCCAGAGCUUUCAAGAACAUUAAUGUGAGUGAUUUACCAGUUUUUUGGAGGAGCAAUAAAAAGGCUUGGAUGACAUGUACAAUAAUGGAGGAAUGGUUGAAAAAUUUUGAUAGAAGAAUGGGUAUGGAAAGGAGAAAAAUUUUGUUAUUUUUAGACAACGCGAGUUCUCAUCCGAAAGACAUACGUUUAUCAAACAUUCAGAUAAUUUUUUUACCGCCGAAUUGUACAUCCGUCGUCCAACCCUUAGACCAAGGUAUCAUUAGGAAUUUCAAAACUUUUUAUCGAGCACUAGUUGUGAAAAAAUUGUUGUCUGAAAUUGAAUCAGUUAGCAAGGCUGAAGUUCUUACAAAGAAUAUAAACGUACUCGAUGCUAUUUAUUAUAUCAAAACUGCCUGGCAGAGAGUAACAGAAGAAACUGUUAGGAAUUGUUUUCACAGAGCUGGAUUCAGACAAGAAUCAGUCGAACAGACAACGGAAAAUGAUAUUUUUUCAGCUGAAGAUGACAUCCCUCUAUCUGUUCUACAAGACAUAUGGAGAAAUGCGCGAACGAUGGGCUAUAGAGAUAAUCAAGUCGAAGAUUUUAUCAAUAUUGACACAGAUUUGAUGAUAGAAGAAAUAGAUGAAAACGUUUCUAUCUAUAAUGCUGGCGAAGCAGAUCAGUCUUCCGGUGAAUCGGACGAAGACCCAGUCGAAAAUGAGGGUAUUCCAAAGAAUUAUUCCCAAGCCAAUGGCAUUUUGAAGACGUUGAAAGGGUUCGCCAAGAAUAAAGGAGACUCAAAGGCAGUAGAGAUGCUGUCUGAGUUAGAACUUCAUUUCCAAAAUCAAGUUUCGCGAACAAAUACACGCCAGACAUCAUUAUUGGAUUUUUUCUCAACCACUUGAAAUAUUUGCAUAUUCGUUUCUUUUAAAUAUGUUUUUUUCUAAAAUUUUUUUGUUUUAUAAUAUAUACGUAUAUAUGUCCAGAUCUCUCGUUUUAUUGAAUUCACCUUUCAAAUAUUUUGUGGGCAGGCCCUCCCUUACACGGACACCUCCGUUGGGCGGACACUUUUUCACGGUCCCAAUGGUGUCCGCCCAAGAGAGGUUUUACUGUA